AUGCAGCGCCGCCGCCUCACCCGCGACGAGGUCGCCGCGCUCGCGGUCAGGGCCAGCUCGGCGUUCGUCAAGGCCGCCGCCGCCGCCGCGGCCGCCCAGCCGUCCUCGCCAUGCCGCCGCCGCGGCGCAGUGGCGCCGCUCGUGUUCCCGGCCCCCGAGGAGGAGUACGCGGCGGCUGACGCGGUAUGCUCGCCCGUCGCGGCGAAGCCUGCUGUGGUGGCGGCGCAGAAGCGGAGGGUGGCGUACCGGGGUGGCAGGGCGUCCAGGUUCUCCCCCGACCUGACCGCUAUCCCGGAGAGCGAGUAG